AAACGCUUCCUUCUAGCUGUUACAUACUUUUGCACGAAUACAAUAUACCCUUUUACUCUACGAGUAACGGGUAUAAAAACAAGCGAAAAAAGAACAGCAAUAACUCAAGCUCAAAAGUGGAAACAUACACAAAGUGUAACUGCGAUUUUAAGGCCCUGUCGAACGUGGAAUCGACUUGACCCACAGAGGCGCCCCAACAGAAAGAAAGAGAGAUAUACAGCAGAAGAACGAGAGGGAGAGACAUACGAUGCGUGUGGCUGGGUGGCUUAGUGGUGGCUUUAUGCUCGCCCUGGCCGCAAUGUUAACGCAGGCACGUUUCAUUGCGAAAAGAGAAACCACCGGCUUGGAGCAGGCGGUGGCUUCCAGUUCCCCUAACCCUGACAUUGUUGCGACGGCCAGGGAAAGUGGGAGCGACACGGAACCGACUGAAAUAAAGGGAGAGUCAGAAAUGGUUAGUACACAAAACGUGCUUAAAGAUCUGGAGGAAGGAAUAAAGGCUGAGGAUCAAACUGAAGCCACAACGGAAAACCUAAAAAGUAAGCUAAAAGUAGAGGAAACCACUGCGGCUUUAAUUCAAAAUGAAUCAAGCAGUACCGAGAGUAUUAUGGGAAAAGAGCCACUCAAAUUGAAAGAGGUUGACGCCACAGAAUCUCAGUUAAGGGCAGAAGCUCAAUCGGAUUUCGUAAAUGACGUUAAGAAUGAGGAAAUUUCUGCUGCUAAUGUUAAAAAAGAUUCUAGCAUCACAACAUCGAUUGAGCUGGGAAAAAACUCAACCAAUCUGACGGAUAAUGUAACUACGGCAGCACCUGCAAGGGAAGACAUUUCAAGCAAAGCCACUGAACAUGAUUUGCCAAGUGAAAAACACGAGAUAAGGGAAGUGGAAAUAAAGGAAGAACUUCCAAGAGUUGAACCACAAGCUCAGUCGGAAUUUAAGGAGAAUACCGCAGAGAAUGUGGCAACCGAAAGUUCGAAAAGCAGCACCCAGAAACUCCCUUUAGUUCUAGAAGUUUUGAGUUCCACCGAAAGAUCGGUUAAUACCACCACCACUCGUUCCUCCGAUCAUGGCCGAUCCAUGCAAUAUUCAUCAACCACUGAAGAUUCGAUACGAUUCCCAGCAGCAGUGACACCCAUGAAACUAAGGGCUUUACCUAUGACCUCAACAACGGUCAGCACCACUUCAACCACAACUCCGUCAACAACCACGCCAACUCCCUUUGCAUCCAAUGAGAAUGACAUCGAGGAGUCUACGUCGCAAUCAGAGGUUCGUCAAUUGCCGGAGAAGCGAGCCAAGUUUAUUAGCGAAAACUCGACAAAUGCCCAGCAACUAACUUUGCCCAACACAGCUGAAGUUUGGAGUUUGGCGGGUAUGAAGGCGGUACCCAAGGCACCGCUUACAACCACCACUGUCUUGCCACUCUUCAACCACACUGAUCUUGCAAACGAUAUAGAUAUUCCUCUUAAUAAAACAGAGCAACACAAGGAGAAGAAUCUCCUGGAUUGGCAGCAGAUAGCUAUGAUGCAAUCGACACCGGAAAACCGCACCGAAUUUGUGGUCAGAACCACAUUGGAUGCCAAGGGGGCAACACAGGCCACCACUGAACCUUUGGCAGAGGAAAGUCCUUUAAAAAGUGAAUUUAUCGCAGGAUUAGAGCGAAAUGAAGUCACAACUGCAAGGAUAAUACCUGCAACAUCAGAUUUUAGUUCUGGCGAUCAGAAUGUAACAACUACAACUGUUCGUACGGAGCUUUUGGAUGUUCCAAUAGUCAAAAAAAUGGCGGGGGCAGCUAAUGCCAAGUUGACCGAGGCGAUAACAGAGGCUCAAAUGGAGGCAGAAGCAGCAACAGAGGAUGCAACAUCAGUCACAUUACCAGAGCAACAUGCGACAUCGGCAGUUACAGCUAGGGUAAAUGUAACAGCAGUUGCAGAGGAGUCAAGAGAAAUACCUAAGACGAAUUUAACUUUAUCAACAACAACAAUUACAAGCACUGCAACAGAAGAACCAUUAUCUGUUCAACAUGUUUCUUCUGAAAUAGACUUGGAAGAAGCAACAACAGCAGCAAUAUCAAAUACAACCACAGAAGCAGCAGUAUCAUCAACGACAACAUCAGUAUCUGUCGAUCAUACAGAUCAAACUACACAAGCAACUAUUUUUGCAGAAACAUCAUCAACAACUGAAGGAACGACAGCAACACCAAUCGUAGCUGCAGCACCAUCAGCAACACCAACUGUAAGAGCUCCGAAUGUAGUAACCACCCCUAGUACAACUGAACUGGCAAUGAAAGCGGCUGAAAUCAGCAACAUCAACGGCAACAGCAACGACGACGACAUGGAUAAUAACAGUAACGACGUCAUCGUUGCCACAACCAAAAAUCCAGAGAGCGGCCCGCCAGCAACAGCAACAGCAACCGACGAGCCAACAGCAACAUCGGUUAGUGUGCGAGUGGCUGGCGAGGUGAGCACUUCGAUUCGGCCAGAAAUCAUCGUUACAAGUACGCGGGACAGUAUAAUCGCGAGUACAAGUACAUCGACGACGACUGUAGCAACACCCACGCAAACGGAAAUUGCGCAAAUUAGCAAUGAAGUGAAUUUGGAGGCAGUGACAGUGAAGACGCGCGACAGUUUAAGCAAUGCCAAUGAGCUAAGAACAGCUGAGAAAACCGAUAGCGCGGUCAAUAACAGUGUGGCCAUAACAGAAAGCGAGCUGGGGGCUUUGUCAACAGCAGUGGAAACCACCCCUUCAACGACGACAACCAGCAGUCUGCUCAGUGACCUGAGUAAACUGAGCAAAGAACACGAGUCCUCGCUGGAGACCAACAACAUAGGCGAGGCGCCACCCGAAUCGACGACGACUUCAGCGGCAGCUGCUGUUGCUGUUGCUGUUGCAACGGAUAGGAGCACAGCGGCAACAGGUGGCCAGGAAAUCGAAAAGGAGUCGCUCCAUCAUGAGGGGCAACAGGUGGUCGAAGAGCAGGACACAGAGCAGCAGUUAGCCGAAACAACGAUGGCGGUGACAUCGACAACAACCAGUACUACAACAACAACAACAACAACAAGCACAACAGAGACACCCUCUACUAUCACAACAAUGCAACCGGUGGUGAUAAGUCUGCUGGACGACAGCAGCACAUCAAGCACCACAACUACGACAACAACAACAGCUGCACCACCCACGGAGGAAUAUGUUGAAUCCUCCACGGUGGGCAGCACCACCAGCAGCAUCAUGCUACCAGAGACCACCACAACCACCACCCAAUCACCCCAAAUGCCACCCAACUUCAUGGUCCCCUAUCCCAACGAACUGGAUCACAUGCAGACCAAUGCCCAUGGUAAUGGCACGGAUGUCAACGUGAUCAUAGCCAUCACCGUCAGUGUGAUCGGGGUGGUGGCCCUCAUCCUGCUGGUGGCGUUCCUCUAUUUGAUGCGCAAGCGUCAGAAGCAGAUGUCCUAUGGCCAAAGGUGUCGUCCGGUGAGCUUGGAUGCCUACUCCUUGGACAAUGUCUCAGUGCUGGGCAGCGUUAGGCGAAAGGGUCGCGAUGUGAGGGCCUCCAAGCGGACCUACGGCAAUGCCGCCUUCGAUGAUCCCUCGCUCCGGCACAACCUGCUGACCGCCGGCGAACUGGCCCGCUUCGUGGAAAAGCGCUCCGAAGUGUUCGAGGAGUUCCGGGACGUGCCACAAAUCAUCGCCAGAGCGGACGAGGUUCCGCCUGGCUGUGAGGACAAGAACCGCUACGCCAACGUGAUUCCGCUUCCUGAGACGCGGGUGGUGCUCCAGCGGCAAGGCGACGAUGACAAAACGGAAUACAUUAAUGCCAAUUAUGUGCGGGGCCCCCGAGAUGCACCCAAUUACUACAUAGCCUGCCAGGCGCCGCUGGAGAGCACGACCAGCGAUUUCUGGCGCAUGAUCUGGGAGCAGCAGUCGCGGGUUAUUAUACAGGCGACGGAUCUCAGCGAGAAUGGAAUCGAGAAGUGCGCCGAGUACCUGCCACCCUCGGCGACACUGGAUAAUCACAGCAGCUACGGCGAUUACCAGGUGACCCUGAAGCACCGCGAGGUGAAGGACCGGUACGCCAUCUCCACACUGGUCCUUAAGCGAGUGGACGGCGAGGAGAGCCGCGAGCUCACCCACUACUGGUACAAGUGGCCGGAGGCGGGUGUUCCGGCUGAGGAGGCCCCCAUCAUCGCCAUGCUCCUGGAGGCGCGCUCCUCGCUCAAGACCUACUGCCUGGAGCAGGCCAACGAGUUGCGCGAGAAGUCCGCGACGCUGGAGACCUCGAUGGAUGCGGACGGGAGCAAGGCCGAGGCGGGCAGCACGUCCAGCAACGAGAUUAACGGAAACAUUUCCAGCCGGAGCGGUGCUCGAAACCAGCAGGGACCGCUAACCGUUCACUGUUCUCCAGGCACGGGACGAACCGGUACCAUUAUCGCGUCGGACAUGGCCAUCCGCAGUCUGGAGACCCCGAAACGGUCCGUGGACAUCCCACAGCUGGUCUACUACGUGCGGCGGGGAAGGGCCAGUGCCGUGCAGACGAAGGAGCAGUAUGAAUUUAUCUACAAGGUGGCCAGCAUGUAUGCGGCCAAGAUCACAAAUCUGUCCAACGACAACUAAAAGUCUCCUCUCCGUGGGAGGCGCCCAUCGAGUAGAAACCGAAUUUGCGUUCGAGUUCACCUUUCCAGCACUGAUUCGUGGGACCCUAAGUAAAAAUAAUAGCUAUGUUUUAUACAAAAUAUUAGUGUAACUUAGUAUUAUGCUUGAAUGUUGGCACCUGAUUUAUUGAGCGUCAUUAUUUGUCGGGCUUUAAAUAUCAUUUAAAAUGUAUGUAUUCCUUUAUUAUUGUGAUAUAAUCGUACAUUCUUAUAUCUCCUGAUAAUCUGUUGCAUAUUUAUAAUGUCAAUUUUUGUUUUUGCACUGUCGUUCGAAUUCCGGGUGCCAUACUAUCCGGAACGAAUGCGAAAUAUUUGGAGCUCUCCGUAUUUUAAGAAAGUCAAAUAUGUAAUCAAACUAUGUAUGUAUCUAUUUUAAACAAGCUUUAAUGUACGUAAGUUAUUUGUAAGUAUACACCAAGCUGUUCUGUACUCAUAUUAUUGUGAAUUACAAGAAACAAUUUGUUUAGCA